AUGGCAAUCUCAAUCAACUCUUCUGGCAACUCGGGCGUUGCCAGCGUCCCAGCGUACCGCGCUCCCCCAAGCAUCUUCCCUGCUGCUGCCCAUGGCAUCUCCAUCACCGCCACGUCCGCCACGUCCGCCACGAGCAGCCCGGCCGACCGCGAGACGGCAGCGUCCAAGCCAAACACUCCUGCGGCUUCUGCUGCUGCUGACGCUGCUACCGCUGCUACCGCAACUACUGCUACCGCCACUGCCACUGCGACUUCUGCGACGAAUGGAGCUGCACCUCGCACGUUCAUCCCGCUGGGCUUGGGCGGUGCUGGCAGUGGCUCGGACUUUAGCAAGCUCAAGGUCUCGUCGCUCAACAUUCUGGCAGCGCGGACGCAGGCCAUUCUCGAUGAGCUCGAGCAGACGGACGCCGCAAUGACUGAGCGGAAGCGAUCCUCGCACAGCUCGCCAGCCAUUCAGCCAGCGCUCGCAGUGAGUGCCAGCCUCAAGCUCGCUGCAGCGACGUCGGCCGCAUCCUCACCAAACCUCGCCUCGAACAAGCCCGCCGGCGCAGCCAACUCGAGCAACCCAACCGUACCAGCAGCACAUUCUCGGCGUGUGGAUGCGCUUGCUGCGUCGUCGGGCUCAGGCACUCCUCUCAGUUCUGCGGGCUCAUCGGAGAACAUUUGCGACGACGACUCGUCCUCGGACGACGAAGGCCCGUUGGAACCCGAGGAGGAAGCCAAGAUCCUGCGCAAACGGUGGCUCAUCGUACAAGAGAUUGUGCAAACAGAACGGACUUACGUGCAAACGCUGAAGCUGAUUACCGAGGUCUUCUUGGACGGACUGGUCAAGGCCAACAAGGAGAAAAACAUUGUGCCCGUGCCAGUGAUUAUUUCUAUCUUCUCCAACGUGAGCGACUUGCUGACGCUCAACUCGCAAUUGCUGGCCGAGCUUGAAACACGAGUCACAGAAGACCAGCAAUCGCCACCGCGGAUUGGCGAUGUUUUUCUGCGCUUUGCCCCAUUCCUCAAGAUGUACACAUCGUACAUUCGCAACUUUGAUGGAGCCAUUUCGGCCGUGGAUGAAUGGACGAAAAAAUCGACAGCGUUUGCAAACCUUGUCAAGCAAUGCGAAGCCAACCCAGCUUGUCGCAACUUGAUGCUCAAGGCGUGUCUGCUGGAACCCGUGCAGCGCAUUCCUCGUUACAAAUUGCUCCUGGGAGACUACCUCAAGAAGACCCGGAAGGGCGAUCCUGAUCGUGCCGAUUCGAAAGUGGCCGUGAAGGUGAUUGCCAGUGUCGCCUUGCAUGUGAACGAAAGUAUUCGACAACAGCAAAACUUCCACAAGCUGGUGGAAAUCCAAUCGUCGCUCGUGGGUCAACCGCUCAAUCUCGUCGUUCUAGGUCGUGUCCUCAUCCGCGAGGGCAAGCUUCGGAAGAUGUGUCGCAAAGGUUUGAAGCCGCGAGUUUUGUUCUUGUUUAAUGACUUGCUGUUGCACGUCAGUCCGCAGCCAUCAACUGGCGCCCCGUUGUACGCCCUGCACCUGGCCCUCCCCUUGAACAAGAUGAAGGUUCGCUCGAUCGAGAACGAAGCUCAGGAGCACGCAUUCCAGAUUCUCAGUCAAAAGAAGUCGUUCACGCUUCAAGCAAAGAGCGCUGAAGAGAAGGCCGCUUGGGUCAAGGACAUCACCACGGCCAUGGAAGCGCUCGAGGAACGCACUCGAAAUCCCGGUGGUACGAACAGCGGUUUGAUUCCCAUUCCCAACGCUAGCACCCCGGACAAUGGUGGCAGAGAAGGCCAGUCGGCAGAUAAGGGCGGCAGCUUGAUGGGCAUUGGCUUGCAGGACGUUGUGGGCGCUACAGAAGCCCCUGUCUGGGUGCCUGACUCUGGCGCAACCAUGUGCAUGGAGUGCGCGGCAGAAUUUAACAUUGUCCGCCGUCGCCACCAUUGUCGCAACUGCGGUCGCGUCUUUUGUUCCACUUGCACUUCCUACUCUGUCAUGCUGUCGUACCGUGACAACAAACCUUCGCGUGUCUGCCGCGAGUGCUACGUGAAGAUUUCCCCGCAGGCAGGUGGCACUGCCCGCGCAGUUUCGCCGAAUCCAGAUACGCCCGAUUUUGCUCCCGACACGUCUCUGGCUCCGUUUGGUCUCGGUACAGGCGCGAUGGCCUCGCCGCAAGAUCCGGACGAAGAGGAUGGGAUCGCAUCUCCGCACGCUUUGCGUCGGCAGAAAACACGAAAAGUCGUGGCCAAUUCGUCCUUGAUUGAACCGGCAGCCGGCUUGACCCAGCCGAGCAACUCCACGUUGGCAGGGUUCCUGACCAAGCAAGGCGCGAUUCGCAAAAACUGGAAGCGGCGAUGGUUUGUUCUCCGCAACCUUUGCCUCUACUACUACAAGGCACCCGAGGAUGUGGUUGCGCUCGGCAUGAUUCCACUGCCAUCUUACAAGGUCGCUGUGACUGAGAGCGCAGAUGGCAUUGAUCGUGAUUUUACUUUCAAGAUUCAUCACAAUGGAAUGCGCACCUUCUUCUUCCAAGCUGAAACCAAGGAGGACGUCGAGCGCUGGAUGACGGCGUUAGAGAUGGCGAGCCUUGGCAUUGAUUCUGCCACUGGGCAGCAGUCCGCACUGCCGCUUCUGGAAUCUGCGAUCGAUGAUGAUGAUGCUGAUGAUUAG